CUCGCCACUCUCUUUGAGGCGGCUGAGGCGCAGGUCGAGGCGAGCUCCGGUUGCGCCAGAUUCCUUGGUGGCCUUUGGUCCGAGGAGAUUGCGGGUCUCGGGCCUCUCCCUUCCUGUACCGGGCUUCUUGGCGCCUUCCACAGCCAGGCCUCGCGGCCACCUCGCUCGGAACCGCUCCCCGGUGGAGCCCCGCGCGGGCCGGCUGUAACUGCGCCCCGGGCCGGACGAUGCCCAAGAAGCUGCUACUGCUGCCCCCGCUCUCCGUGUCCUCCGCUUUCCGCGCCCCGCGAGCCUGCCCCGCCGCCCGCCCGGCCAUGAACGCCGCCCGCACCGGCUACCGAGUCUUCUCGGCCAACUCCACGGCCGCCUGCACCGAGCUGGCCAAACGCAUCACCGAGCGUCUUGGUGCUGAAUUGGGGAAGUCUGUGGUUUAUCAAGAGACCAAUGGAGAAACAAGAGUUGAAAUAAAAGAAUCAGUUCGUGGCCAAGAUAUUUUCAUUAUACAGACAAUACCCAGAGACGUGAACACGGCCGUGAUGGAGUUACUGAUCAUGGCCUACGCGCUGAAGACAGCCUGUGCCCGGAAUAUCAUUGGCGUCAUCCCCUACUUCCCCUACAGCAAGCAGAGCAAGAUGCGGAAGAGAGGCUCCAUCGUGUGCAAGCUCCUGGCGUCUAUGCUGGCGAAAGCGGGUUUAACUCACAUUAUCACUAUGGAUCUGCAUCAAAAGGAAAUACAAGGCUUUUUCAGCUUUCCCGUGGACAACCUUAGAGCCUCACCUUUCCUGCUUCAGUAUAUCCAGGAAGAAAUUCCAAAUUACAGAAAUGCAGUCAUCGUAGCUAAGUCUCCUGAUGCUGCAAAAAGGGCCCAGUCGUACGCGGAGAGGCUGCGUCUGGGUUUGGCUGUGAUCCACGGGGAAGCCCAGUGCGCAGAGAUGGACAUGGACGACGGCCGUCACUCUCCCCCAAUGGUCAAAAACGCCACUGUCCACCCUGGGCUGGAACUGCCGUUGAUGAUGGCCAAAGAGAAGCCGCCAAUCACGGUGGUCGGAGAUGUCGGUGGGCGCAUCGCAAUCAUAGUGGAUGACAUCAUUGAUGAUGUGGAAAGUUUCGUUGCCGCCGCGGAGAUCCUGAAAGAGAGAGGCGCUUACAAGAUCUACGUCAUGGCCACUCAUGGCAUCCUGUCUGCGGAGGCCCCCCGUCUGAUCGAGGAGUCCUCCAUCGACGAGGUGGUGGUGACAAAUACUGUCCCUCACGAGGUGCAGAAGCUGCAGUGUCCCAAGAUAAAGACUGUGGACAUCAGUCUGAUUCUUUCUGAAGCCAUUCGGAGAAUCCACAAUGGAGAGUCCAUGGCGUACCUUUUCCGCAACAUCACCGUGGAUGACUAGGUCUGUCGGCUGCCGUGACCCUGGAACUCCUGAAGAAAACAUGAGAGCAGUGCCAUCAAUUAUGUACACAGUGUUUCCUUUCAAGGGAGUCAGAUAGUCUCUCUUGCCAAGUUCGGUAGGUAGGAGACGUUGAGACGACCAAGGGGAUUACAGAUAAUGUGUGAAUGGCCUUAACUGUCUUUCAUCGUCAUCCUGUUCCUUAAAAAAAACGCUUUCCUGAAAAGAAUCUGGAAACCUUGUUGAUAUUGAAAGGGAGUUAAAAACAGAUAAAGUCUUAAGUCUGUAAUGUUCAUUCAGUUGUUUGCACCACAGGGAGACGUCCGUGUUCAUAGUGAACUUGAUUUAGGGAGGCUGAGCACCCUGGCACCGUUUCUAUCCCAGUUGCCCCCUCACCACUCAACCCCAUGCAGGUCUUUUAUAGAGAAUCACAUUGUCCUUUGAGAAACUGCUUGCUAACGGUCAUCGAACAAUGAAGCAUUUGUGGUGUCACUCCUAGCGAGGAUGUCAGGUCAGAGGAUAACAUCCUAUCUCUGGAUAUCUACGUUGCUCUUAAAUUGCAAAUAAAAGAAUUUGUUGUCUUCUA